AUGUCGGAGAUCACUGAUGCCGAAAAGGUCCGCAUUGCCUCGGAUUUCAUCAAGCAUGCACCACCCGGAGAAUUCAAUGAGGUAUUCAACUCGGUUCGAAUGCUUCUAAAAAACGAUGAUCUCCUGAAAGACAAAUGUGUUCCAGCCAUUGCACAGUACAAUGUCGGGCAGUUUGUGCCAGUGAAGUUGGACGGAGUCGCCAGACAGACUCUCAUCACACCAUACAAUGAUUUGGGCAACGGACGUUUUUACGACGAAGUCUCGAAGAAAAGCUUCAAGUAUGACCACGUUCGCAAAGAGGCUAGUGAUCUUCAACCGCAUCCAGCUGAAUCUGGAAUCACUGAGCAAUGGCGUCAGGCUCUUCAAACUCAACUUGACACAUAUAUCGAUGAGCAUUACGCUAAGAGCGGCACCGGAGUUGUCUUCGCUCGCAAUGGCGCAUUCACGAUUUGCAUCGAGUCACAUCAAUUCCAACCGAAAAACUUCUGCAAUGGAAGAUGGCGUUCGGAGUGGAAUGUACCAGUUGGUGAUGGAAAAUCGGGUUCGCAAGAGAUGAAGGGAAAGGUGUUGUCCCAAGUUCACUAUUAUGAAGAUGGGAAUGUACAGUUGUUCUCGGAAAAAGAGCCAGUUCUCAAAGUUAACGUCUCGGCUGAUUUCGACAAAACCGCCAAAGACAUUAUCCACGCUAUUACUGAAGAGGAGACGAAGUAUCAGAAUGCUGUUCAAGAGAACUAUGCCAACAUGUCCGACACUACAUUCAAAGCGCUUCGCCGUCAAUUGCCAGUCACUCGCGCUAAAAUGGACUGGAAUAAGGCACAAACUUAUCGAAUUGGACAAGAAAUGAAGUAA